AUGCAGCAUCAGCCUGGUUUCCGCAGCGCCUCCGUCUACGGCCCCGUGCGGGCGGACGCCCCCGCUGCCCCGCGACGGCUGCAGACCAUGAGCUGGAGGGCCAAACGUCCCAGCGAACGCACUUCGGUGGUCAUGCUGAAUAAAGAAAAGGAGAAAAUGAAGGACGCCAAGGACACCCGCUACACCAACGGGCACCUGUUCACCACCAUCACCGUCUCCGGGACCACUAUGUGUUUCGUGUGCAACAAGAGCAUCACGGCCAAGGAGGCGCUGAUCUGUCCGAGUAAGUACAUGACCCCCCUACGCCUAACCAUGCCUGGUGGCCUCUAUCCCCGAAAACGCAGACCGGACGUAUGUUCUGGAACGCGGCAUCUCAAAGCCUCUCUAACGCGCCGUAUAAAGCUUUGGCUCGGGGAUCUGUGCCAGUCCGAGGAGCGCGUUUAUCUUCCAUUAAAAGAUCAGCGCGUAGGCGUGGAAGGAAAACGGCAGCAAAUUGGUCCUCAUUCCCUGCCCCUCUUCUGGUACUCUUGUCCAGUGACAGGUCCUCAUUCCCUGCCCCUCUUCUGGUACUCUUGUCCAGUGACAGGUCCUCAUUCCCCGCCCCUCUUCUGGUACUCUUGUCCGGUGACAGGUCCUCAUUCCCUUCCCCUCUUCCGUAUAAUUGUCUUCCUCUCUCUGCAGCAGCAGAAAGCGGCUUUCAUAAAGAACAAUAGCGCUCUGCAGAAUGUGUCUUUGCGGAAUAAAAGCAGUACAUUGAGGGAGAGACCCAACUCCGCCAUCUACCCCUCUGAAAGCAUCCGACAUUCCCUGCUAGGAUCCCGGCGCGGGCGGCCAUCUUUAUCCCUCUCUAAGAGUGUCUCCACCACCAACAUAGCCGGGAAUCUGAAUGAUGAAAGUCCGCUGGGCAUAAGGAGAAUCUUGUCGCAGUCCACCGACUCCCUGAAUAUGAGGAACCGAACGCUGUCUGUGGAGUCCCUCAUUGACGAAGGUGCCGAUGUCAUCUACAGCCAACUGAUGAGUGACUUUGCCACGGACGAGAAGGAGUUUGAGGCAGAUUCGUGGAGCUUAGCCGUGGAUAAUAAUUACCUUCAGCACCACAAGAAGGACGUCAUGAAACGUCAGGAUGUCAUCUAUGAGCUCAUCCAAACGGAGGUCCAUCAUGUCCGGACACUGAAGAUCAUGACCAACAUUUUCCGGAAGGGGUUGCUGGAGGACCUGCAGAUGGACCCGGCCCUGGUGCAGAAGAUGUUCCCGUGCGUGGAUGAGCUCAGCGACAUUCACAUCCGCUUCCUCAUCCAGCUGCUGGAGAGGCGCAAAGAUUCCCUGGCUACCGACAGCAACAAGAAUUUUGUCAUCAACAAGCUGGGAGACAUCCUCAUCAACCAGUUUUCAGGGACCAACGCAGAGCACAUGAAGAAGGCCUACACGGAGUUCUGCAGCCAGCAUCAAAAGGCUGUAAAGCUCUACAAGGAACUCUUCGCCCGAGACAAGAAGUUCCAGCAGCUCAUACGGAAAAUGACCCGCUCCCAACUCCUCCGCAGGCACGGUGUGCCGGAAUGUAUUCUACUGGUGACCCAGAGGAUCACCAAGUACCCAGUUCUCAUGGAUCGGAUACUUCAGAACUCCAAAGGUGAUGAAGAGGAGUACCAGGAUCUGGCGGCCUCACUGACCCUAGUCAAGGAACUUAUCACCUCCAUUGACCAGGAGGUGGACAACUACGAGAAGAACCUGCGAUUGCAGGAGAUCUAUCAGAAGGUGGACAGCAAGUCUUAUGCCCUUGUGCAGGGCGACUAUUGCUUUGGGAAGGAGGAGCUACUAAGACGAAAGCUGAUUCAUGAAGGGUCUCUGCUGUGGAAGACUGCUGCCGGCCGCUUCAAAGAUGUCAUCAUGCUGCUAAUGACAGAUGUCCUGAUUCUGCUUCAAGAAAAGGACCAAAAAUACUACUUUCCCACCCUGGACAAGUCGGCCGUGAUUUCCUUACCAAACCUUAUCGUCCGGGACAUCGCCAAUCAGGAAAAAGGGAUGUUUCUAAUCAGUGCCAAGCCACCAGAGAUGUAUGAGGUGCACUCAGCCUCACGGGAGUUGAGGAACAUGUGGAUGAAGGUCAUUUCACAGUCUGUAAAAGUAUGUCCAAAACGGGAGGAAUUCCCUCUAAUUGAAACGGAAGUGGAUGCCAAAUUGAGGAAAUUGAAAGAGGUCAUACAGCAGAGGGACACAGAGGUGGCAGCCAUCCUGGAGGAGAAGGUGACGCUGUUUUCAAAGGUGCUACAGCUACAGGCGGGAGAGGACGCUCCUGUGAUGGGGAACACUCGCAAACUAUUCCGGACAGAAUCAACGGACAGCUACCGCGGAGAGAAGAUCAUCAACGAGGCCAUCAAAGAAGUGGAAGCGUUGAAGGACGUCAUUAUAACGAUAGGAAACGAGCAGCCUCUUACAGUCGACUACAAUCACACGUCUACCCCAUCCAGGGACUCCACAUAUGGCGACUCGAGCAGUGUGAACGGAUCCCUGGACGAGGACACCAGCCAGAAGGACCGUAACGGCAACCAGCUUCAGAAUAAGAGCCCGCAGGAGGAGGCUUUGCAAAGGAUCUCCAACCUGUACAGCUUGUUACAUGGACUCCAGGUGGUGGUGUCCCAGCAGGACAGUCUGUUGAGUCUCCAGAUCCCCGACGGCUCAGAUAAGAAGGAGAACCUGAACCGCACCGACAAGAAAGAGAACCUGUCCCGCACCAACUCCCGUGACCUGUCAGUAGCAGAGCCCUUAUCCAAGAGCAUGGACAAAUCCGGGACUGAGCUGACCCUCCUUCAGCGACAGCACACCCUGCUGCAAGAGGAGCUGCGCCGCUGCAGACGGCAGUGCGAGGAGCGGGCGCAGGAGGCGGGGACAUUGGAGGCCCGGCUUAGAGAGAGUGAGCAGGUCCGGAGUAAGCUGGAGCAGGAGCUGGAGGAGGGGAAGAAGCAGCUGAAUGCUCUACAGAAGGGCAACGGGAUGUCAGAUAUCGGCAGGAGUCCGAGGGGGACGGACCCAAGGCGACGCAGUUUGCCAGCUGGUGACGCCCUGUACCAAACCUUCACUCCGCCCCAGAUAAACCACGAACGCCGAUCUGCGUCUGUUCUGGACGGCUCAGUCCCCAUCAUCACCUUGCAGGAGGACUCUGACCUGAAAGACGACUUUAGCGACCUCACCGAGCUGGAGAGGCUGCCGGAGACCAUAGACACGGAGUCGUCAGAGGAAGAAGGUGGAGGGGCGCCAACGUCCCCAUCAAGCACACGAGAAUUCCAGAGAAUGCAGGACAUUCCGGAGGAGGCGGAGAGCACGCAGGACCUGAAGGACGCAGAAACGGGUUCAUCGGAGAGCUGAUCCGCGUCAGGAGGCGGCUACCAGUGAGAAGACAAGAUGGACGACGCGCUGCUCCUGGAAGACUCCCCCAAGCCGAGCAGUGAGAAGAUUGCUGACUGUUAGCGGAGAGAGAGAGAUGACCUCUCCCUUCCCAAAAACAUUCUGUA